AUGUUCUCUAUCUCCAGCACGCCAGCGAAACAGUCCGCUGGCGAAACCAUCACUGUUCUCAGUGGCCGACUUGGUUCCGCUACACUCCUCGAAGAUCGGCGCGCCGCAGUGCUAGGCUUGCGAAGCUUCGCAAAGGAUUUCCCAGCAUCUGUAGCUUCUGGAGCGUUGAGGAGCCUGAUUGGCAGCCUAUCCAAAGACUCCGAAGAUGUCGACACAAUCAAAAUUGUUCUGGAAACUUUGCUGAUGCUGUUCAAUCCAAACAAGGAAAGCCCCGAAGCAUCAGACGAAAUCGCACUAUGGCUGGCCGACGAAUUCACCCAACACCAGGAGAAUAUUACGCUUGUGCUGGACUUCCUAGACGCCCCUGAUUUCUACUCACGCCUAUAUUCUUUACAACUUCUUAGCUCAAUUCUUACAGCACGAACCCAACGGACGGAAGAAUGUGUCCUCUCUGCGCCAUUGGGCAUCAGUCGGCUUGUUGGCGCUCUUGAUGAUCAACGAGAGGCGAUCCGCAAUGAAGGUGUCAAUCUGUUGAUAUUACUAACGUCUAGCUCUAUCGAGAUACAAAAGCUCGUUGCAUUUCAAAAUGCUUUCGAGAAAUUGUUUGCCAUCAUUACUGCUGAUGGCUCGCUCUCCGAAGGCGGGAGGACCGUGGAGGACUGUUUGAUACUCCUGGCCAAUCUAUUGAGGGGCAAUUUGGCCAAUCAGUCUCUAUUCCGGGAGUCUGACUGCAUAGGCAAGCUCACAGAGAUGCUCAAGGGACUACUCGAAGCGCAGAAACAGGAAGACAACCUUGCCAAGUGGGCACAGAUCCAGCACAACCGCAACAUCUACGCAUUCCUUUCUAUCAUCCGUUUAUUCCUGUCUACAAGCUCCGCAGAGACACAUCAGAAUCAAUCUACCUUCUGGAGGCAUGGGCUCAGUUAUCUUGUCUUGCAGCUCGCGUUCGAUGCCGACGUUCAAAUACAAAUCAAAGCUGAGGCUUUGGUCGCAUGUGGCGACUUGAUCCGUAACAAUAUGACCAUUCAGGAAGGGUUCGCUUCACUCAUGGUCCCUCCACCGCUAGAAUCCAAGGCUGGAGCUUCAAGUGCCACCAAUGGCCAUUCUAAGGUCUAUAUUAUUGAUGGCCUGUUGGACUUGACACUAAACGUGCACGAUAUCUCUGCAUUUGAUUUACGAUUCGCUGCUUGCCAAUGCUUAAAGGCUUAUUUCUCCAACCACCCCGAAGUAAAAUCACACUUCUUAGGCAGAGCCAUAGAAGGGUACCAGUCUGGCCGGGACGAAACCGCCAACAUCCUGAGUGUUUUGCUGAGGUUACCGGGGGAUGUAUUCCUGAGCGAUCCGUACCGUGUGUGGUUUGCCUCUGUUAUCGCAUUUCAUCUACUCUAUGACAAUCCUGCUGCUAAGGGAGUGGCAAAGGGUUUGACCGAAGGAGAUGCCUCCAAGGGAGAAGAAGUAGUGACCAGCAUACAAACGAUCACAGCCCAUCUUCUCGUGCGGAUACGUCGAGAUGACGACACCCGGGUAUUAGUGGGAUAUCUAAUGUUACUUCUUGGCUGGCUGUUUGAGGACCUCGAUGCCGUCAACGAUUUUCUUGCCGAAGGAAGCAAUGUCCAGGGUCUUAUACAGGUGAUCUCACAGCCAGUUCGUAUGGCCGGGGAGCUCGUGCAAGGUUUAUGUGCCAUGUUGUUGGGCGUCGUUUAUGAGUUCUCCACGAAAGACUCACCCAUACCACGAGCAACGUUGCACUCUAUUUUGGAGUCGCGGCUUGACAAAGAUGGUUACUUGGAUCGGCUAGCAAAACUUCGAAACCAUCCCUUGCUCCGGGAGUUCGAAGUCACACCACAAAAACUCAUCUCUCUGCCCGAUGGUGAAGAGGUCAACGUGUUCUUUGAUGAUGUUUUUGUCGAUUUCUUCAAGGAUAACUACAGCCGUGCAAUCCGUGCCAUUGAUAAGGUCCCCGAUAUGGAGGUCUCGGUUAUUACGAAUGGUACGGAGCAGGGUAUUUCAAGACAGCUCGUGGAUUCUUUGCGGCACCAACUAGAGGAAAAGGACCGCACAAUUCAAGAAGCGAACAAAGCCAAUAAAUCACUGGAAGGUGCCAUUAAAGAGGUACAGGAAGCACACCGCCGUACAAAGGAAGAUGCCGAGGCCACUAGCACGAAAUUGAUGACAGAAAUGCGCAAAUUGCAAAGCCAACAAGCCGUCAAGAUCUCGGAGUAUGAACAAAAGGCAGCGCAAAUGCAACAACAGCUUAAUGCGAAAGAUCUGCAUCUUCAAACCCAGCUUGCUGCUAAGGACCAGUAUCUACAAACCCAACUCAGCGGUAAAGAUCAAUACCUUCAAACUCAGCUAAAUCAGGCUCAAAAAGCGCACGAAGUAGAAGCAGAGCGUGCGAGACAGAGAGCGGAAGCUGAAAUUGCAGAUCUGCGAGCGACUGUUAGCAGGCUUGAGGUCGACGUGAUGAAGGCCAACAAGAACAAGACUCUUGAGCUUCAAACUCUUCGCGCCGAACAUGCUGACGUAUUAACGGAGCAUACCUCACAGCUAAAGAAAGCCAACGAGAAGACGGAAGAACGAGAAAAGGAGCUGAAGAAUUUGAAAGAAGAGGUUGAGCGGCUACAGGAAGAAGUAGAGGAACGGCGGAAAGAAGCCGAGAAACAACAAGACGAAUCUGAAAAGCUACAAGAUGAAUCUGACAAAUUACAAGAUGAAGUCGAGAAGUUAAAGGAAGAAGCCAAGAAGCUGCGAGAAGAUGCUGAGAAAUCACGGCAGGAAGCCGAGAAGCUACGGCAAGAAGCUGCAAAGGCUAAGGAUGCAGUCCAAUCCGAACUGGACGAUCUCCUCAUGGUAUUUGGUGAUCUAGAGGAGAAGCUGGGAAAAUACAAGACACGUUUGAAGGGGCUUGGCCAGGAGGUAUCUGACGGUGAAGAUGAUGGAGACGACGGCGAGGAAGAAAGCGAUGCUGAGGAGGACGAGAAGGAUGUGGACUGA